GUUAAGAUCGCUUCAGUUCCGAAAAAGCAAAAGAUUCGUCAACAUGUUCACUUGCGGUUGGUGCUGUUCGAUCAUAAUUAUGUUAUUAGUUUGUGAAUAUUCUUGUGAAUUAGAAUCCGAAUCAAAUAUGCCAUUGGUAAAUGGUUUCACUUUUGAGCUUUUGCAGAACCAACUGAGUGAAGUGCGCGGAAGCAUAUCACAACUUGAGGAUAAUUUGAAUAAACAAUCACAAACAGAGGAGUUGAGAAAAGAAAUACUUUCGCUGGCAGAACGGCUCAAGAGCAUUGAACAAAGCAUGGAAAGUGACAGGACCACCCUAGCCACACAGCACGCUGAUAAGCAAGACAAACUGGAAUCUCUUCAGAACAACUUCACGGAUCGAUUAGAUGGUUUGGAAACAAGAUUCUCUGAAAAAAUUACCCAGGUCCUGCAGAACAUCGACAGCUACAAAAAUCGUCUGAAAACUCUCGAAGGUGGUUUCAGUAAGGUGGUUUCAGCAAAUGAACAGCUGGAAAACAGUGUUAAAGUGUUUCAGCAAAAUACCAAUCAACAGAUGAAACAUCUAAUACAAAUUUUGGAACAGUCAGCACGCAAUCGCUAUCCUAUCGAAACAACAACCGAUAUCUAUCAAAGAGUGUACAAUUCCUGUGAUGACGUUCCGUCCUCUGGUCUGUGGAAAAUUCGUUAUGGAACCCAAGUAACUUCCACAACAUGCUUUAAGUUCACUUAAACGACUUGUUUAAGUUCAUUUUAACAUAAUAGACUUAAUGUAAACAAAAAAUAUUAGAUAAUACACAUAAAAA